AUUUUGUUCUCUCUUUGUCGACAAGGAGUCUCUCUAUCUCUCUUGUUCGACAAGCCAUUUCUGGGUUUAGCUAAGGGCUUUUGCCGAUUAACAUCGCAAAUCAAUUCACUCAGAUUUCCAAUUCUAAGAUGAAUAUCAUCAAAUCCAACUCUCUCAACAAACUCUGCGCCGCGAGGUACCUCCGAUCGGCGAUCGAUUCACGCGGAAUCGCCACCGCUCCUCCGCGCCUUCUCAGCUCUCCGACCUCUCGCUUUUCGACCGUCCGCCACAUUCGUCAUUUGCGCGACCCCGACAUGAGGUAUGAAACCACACCGCCCAUAAAUUGGGGAGUUCGUAUUGUACCAGAGAAGAAGGCAUAUGUUAUUGAGAGAUUUGGGAAGUAUUUGAAGACUUUGCCUCCUGGAAUUCACUUGCUGGUUCCAAUGGUUGACAGAAUUGCUUAUGUGCAUUCACUAAAAGAAGAGGCAAUUCCUAUUCCUGAUCAAUCUGCUAUUACCAAGGACAAUGUCAGCAUUCUAAUUGACGGAGUCCUCUACGUCAAGAUAGUGGACCCAAAGUUGGCAUCAUAUGGGGUUGAGAAUCCAUUGUUUGCUGUGAUUCAGCUUGCGCAGACUACUAUGCGAAGUGAGCUAGGUAAGAUCACACUUGACAAGACCUUUGAGGAAAGAGAUACUCUCAACGAGAAGAUAGUGAUUUCCAUCAAUGAAGCUGCGAGAAAUUGGGGUUUACAAUGCCUUCGAUAUGAAAUAAGGGAUAUAUCUCCUCCACGAGGAGUGAAGGCUGCCAUGGAGAUGCAAGCUGAAGCAGAGCGCAAGAGGAGAGCUCAGGUUUUAGAAUCCGAAGGAGAAAAGCAGUCAAAUAUUAAUAUAGCAGAGGGAAAGAAAACCUCUGUGAUCCUUCAAUCUGAAGCUGCGAACAUGGACCAGAUAAACAGAGCUCGAGGAGAAGCAGAAGCUAUUCGUGCUCGAUCACAAGCAACUGCAGAAGGGAUUGCUGUGGUAUCAAAAGCCCUCAAGGAACAUGGUGGUUUGGAGGCAGCAAGUUUAAGAGUUGCCGAGCAAUAUAUUCAGGCCUUCGGUCAGCUUGCAAAGAAGGGGACAACUAUGUUACUACCCUCGGAUCACGGCCAACCUGCCAGCAUGAUGGCCCAAGCCUUUUCGAUAUACAAGAACAUGAUUGGUGAUCAGCUUGGCACCCGGCCAACUGAGAGUUCAGGAUCGAAAGCUGAAACAGAAGACACUAAUUCACAUUUGGAGCUUGAUGCCAAGAGUUCCCCGACACCUAACCCUGAGGGCGACAAGCGCUUGAGUGCACCUGUUUUCACACUACAAAGCACGGAGAACAAGAAUUGAAAGAGAGGGCGUCGUAGCUUCGAGGUUCCAUUCUUAACUGACUGUUUCCUUUUGAGAAAGCUAAUGAACUGAUAGCUAUUUUUUUUGCAUAAAGUAUAUUGCAAUCAUAUCAUCUUUUAACUAGGCAGCACCAAAAUUUUAGAAAAAUAAUUGGCCAAUUUUCAAUAUAUAUUAAUCUUCUCUUAGGCAUGUAAA